CCUCUCCUUCUGCCCUGUCCCUCUUCUUUACUCCUCAGUCUAAAAGGUUGUUCAAGGAGACUCCAGGAUUGGGGUCCACCUCGUCACUUUCACCAGGAGCCUUUUUUUCUGACUGACUUGCCAGAGCUCCCCAUCAGUCCUCACCGUGCCUCUGGAAGCAAAGGGAAAGCAGCUGGGGGAUCCUGGCAGAAGAGAGUCCAGCCCCCGGCUUCCUGCUCCUGCACCAUGAAAAUCCUGCUUUGUGACCUCCUGCUGCUCAGCCUCAUCUCCAGUGUGUCCAGCAGCUGCCAGAAGGACUGUCUGACCUGCCGAGAGAAGCUCCGCCCGGCUCUCGACAGCUUCAGCCUUGAGGUGUGCAUCCUUGAGUGUGAAGGGAAGGUCUUCAGAAGCCCUCUCUGGACUCCAUGCACCAAGGUCAUGGCCAAGGGCUCUUGGCAGCUCAGCCCUGCUGACCCAGAGCACGUGGCAGCUGCCCUUUACCAGCCAAGCGCCUCCGAGAUGGAGCUGAAGCGUAUGCCUCGCAUUAGGAGCCUCAUCCCAGCCCAGAAAGAGACAGAGCCCGGCAUGGAUGAGGCUGGAGACAUGGAGCAGAAGCAGCUGCAGAAGAGGUUUGGGGGUUUCACCGGGGCCCGGAAGUCGGCCCGGAAGUUGGCCAACCAGAAGCGGUUCAGUGAGUUUAUGAGGCAGUACCUGGUCCUGAGCAUGCAGUCCAGCCAGCGCCGGCGCACCCUGAAUCAGAAUGGUCAUGUGUAGCCGGAAGGGGAGCCCCUCCCAGCUGCACCGCGUCCCCUUCAACCCAUGAGUGUCCAAGUGAUCCCCAAAACAGCAUGUCUCCAGCCCCAGACCUGCCAGUUGGGAAUCAGGACUCCUUUCCCAAGGCACUGAGGCAGGCUUUGCCUCCUGGUCCCCAUUCCCGCCCCCAGGGCGGAGAACCUCCACAUCCAACCCCCUACUCCCCCGCCCCCGCCCAUGGCAUGUUUCAUGACAACCUUGUUGUUACAUCAGAGUGUAUUUUUGUAAUUCCUCCAGCUAACAUAUAAAUGACCCCAUCUUUCCUUCUCACUCCCCUUUCUUCUUCUAGGGGUGGGUCAAAGGAAUAGGAAAUCAAGCCUGGGGUUUUGACUUGUCACUGCCAUAACUUGUUUGUAAAAGAGUUGUUCUUUUGGACGGUUUGUUUUAAACAGAUAUUUCUCCAUUAAACUUCUACU